GGAGCAGCAGGGACCCCAGUCAGCCUCAGGUGGGAGCAGCAGAGCAAUGGCACAGGGACACCUCCAUCCUCGACUGCCUCCUCCCCCUCUCUGGACCUAGAUUCUAGCGAAGCCGCUGCUCUGGAAGCAUCCCUUGACACAGGUAGGGAUGAGAUCCCGAAACCAAGGCGGAGAAAGCUCGUCUAACGGGCAUUUCUCCAGUUCCAAGCCUGUCAUCAGCCAUGCAGAGAAUGAAAAACUUCAGGAGGAUGCCAAGAAAAAGAACAAACCUCAUCGGAAGGAAGAUGAGGUCAUGGUUUCAGCAACUGUCAAACGGCACUCAAAAUCACCUGGACCUACUGAACGAAAGAACAAGAAGUCCAUAGAGCUUUCUAAAGAGGACUUGAUAAAACUCCUCAGCAUAAUGGAAGGAGAACUACAGGCAAGGGAGGAUGUGAUCCACAUGCUGAAGACAGAGAAAACCAAACCUGAAGUUUUAGAAGCUCAUUAUGGGUCUGCAGCUCCAGAGAACGUGCUCCGAGUGCUACACAGGGAUGCCAUCCUUGCCCAAGAAAAGUCUAUAGGGGAAGAUGUCUAUGAGAAACCAAUUUCAGAGCUGGACAGACUUGAAGAAAAGCAGAAAGAGACAUAUCGGCGCAUGCUGGAACAGCUCCUAUUGGCAGAAAAGUGCCAUCGCCGCACAGUUUAUGAGCUAGAAAAUGAGAAACAUAAACAUACAGAUUACAUGAACAAGAGUGAUGACUUUACCAACCUCUUGGAACAGGAGCGGGAGAG